GAGAAGAAUAACGGGAUGGGGACGAUGAGAUUUUCCCGACUUGCGGCCAACGGAUUGUAGAGGCGCUUAUCAGCAGUCUUGGCGCGCUUAUCAGUCCGGGAACGAUGUAAGCUACUACUUAACCUGCGCAAUCUCUCCGCGGACUCCAACUUUCCCUCUUCUUUAUCACGACUUUCUUGCCUUCCCACACCUUCCUUCGACUCAAUUCCUAUUCCUUUCACUCGGAACACUUCAAAAUGUCUGCCGUCGCCAGAUCCGUCCGCCCCUUCGCCUCUCGCGUGCUUUCCCAAAAGCUCCCUCUGGCCGCUGCCUGCAGGGUUUCGCCCGCAGCUGGUUUCCCGCGGGGAAGUGUUAGGAGCUUCUCCCAAAGCCCAUUCAUGGAACUGAAGAAGUACACCGAGUCUCACGAAUGGAUUGAGUUGGCCGCUGACGGCAAGACUGCCAAGAUCGGAAUCACAGAGUACGCCGCCCAUUCCUUGGGAGACGUUGUGUUCGUUGAGCUUCCUGCGGCCGACCUGGAGGUCCAGGCCGGAGAGCCCGUUGGAGCUGUGGAGUCUGUCAAGUCGGCUUCCGACGUCAACUCUCCUGUGGCCGGCAAGGUGAUCCAGGGUAACGCAAUCCUGGAGGACAAGGCCAAGUUCAUCAACGAGAGCCCCGAGGGUGAUGCCUGGAUUGCUGAGAUCGAGGUCGCGGACGCCGCAGAGCUUGACAGCCUGCUUGAUGCUGAGACCUACAAGGAAAACUAUGCCAAGGAGUAAGGGGACAUGUCGGAUAAAGAGAAUGCAUAGAUGCGAUGGUAUGUCAAAAUGAAGCGCUCGGUGAUCAUGGUUUUUUUUUUAUGUUGGAUUGUUCUGUUUUACCAAGGGGAACCAAAUUAUUGCCUCUUUUGAUGAAAUGUUAGACUCGUGUAUAAGCCGUCGACGGCUGGGCCUGUUAUUCAACACGACUGGCCCGUUGGAAAUAAUACACAUGUUGCCAAAGUUCUUCCUGGACGCUUACCGAUAAUUCG